UUUUCCACAGACCGAGUCCUGCGCUGCGCUCUGCUCUGCUCGCCUCCACACGAAGGAGCCCAACAUGGAGUAGCAGCGGGCGAUGGGGCCGCCCUCGCCGAGCGCAGCGCGCACAGUCCCGGCCACAGAGCAGCGGACGGGGCGGGAGGACGACGAGCAGCCGGUGGAAGAGGAGGAGGAGGGAGAGGGAGAGAGGAUCGGGGAGGAAAAACGGAGGAAUAACGCGAAAUAAAGCAGGAGAGACGGAGAGAUUGAGAGGGGGAAAGAAAAAGAGAGCGAGAGAGAGAAAGAAAAGAGGAGGAAAAAUGACGCGUGAGCGCGCACGGGAGCGCGCAAUGGGAACCGUGCACUGCUGCUGUAGGUGAAGCCGAGGAGGGGGAAAAAUGACCGAGGAAUCGCAGCAGCCAGACGAUGAUAGUUAUAUAGUGCGAGUGAAGGCCGUGGUGAUGACGAGGGACGACUCCAGCGGCGGGUGGUUGGCUCAGGAGGGCGGAGGGCUCAGCCGGGUCGGAGUGUGUCGAGUGAAUCCGGCUGAUCUGGAGCUCAUCGGGCGAAACGGCUUCCUCAUCUACGGAGAGAGACUCAGAGACAAGCAGGUGAUCCUGAAGUGCUUCCUGAAGAGGGACCUGGUCUACACUAAGGCCACGCCCACUUUCCACCACUGGCGCGUGGACAACAAGAAGUGUGGGCUGACCUUCCAGAGUCCGGCGGACGCCCGGGCCUUCGACCGAGGGGUCAGGAAGGCCAUCGAGGACCUGACUGAUGGUUCCACCACGUCCUCGUCCACUCUGCAGAAUGAGACGGAGCUGGGAGACGACGACGUCUUCACAACGGCGACAGACAGCUCGUCUAACUCGUCCCAGAAGAGGGAGCCCUCCAUGCAGACGCUCGCACCAAUCAGCUUCUGCGAGCCACGCCGACACCACCACUGCAUUCUGGGACAUCUGUACGAGCCACACCGCCACUCCGACCAUUACUUUCUGGACCAGACUUCGCUCAUGUUCCCCCGUCACGUGAGCUUCCCCGCGGAGGAGGAGGAGAUCGUGAGGAUAAACCCGCGUGAGCGAGCCUGGCUGGCGGGAUACGAGGACUACCGCCACGCCCCCACCUCCACGCGAGACAAGCUCCUGCUGCGCCCGGACCCCACGGACGCUUACGUUACCUUCGCCAAGAGCGACGGGCACGAGUACACGUACCCGUACCCGCUGCCCCACAGAGACCCCCACGACCCGGCGCACAACGGCAAGACCGGCAUCGGCGGGGGCGUGGUCACCGCCCAGCCCACGGCCAAGCGGGAGGACGGCGGGCAGCGGCUGCACUGCGUCUACUGCAGAGACGUUUUCAGCCCGACGCAGAACCGGCGCGGGCAGUGCCAGGAGGCGCCGGACCCGGUGGACACGUGCAUACGGCGCGUGAGCUUCAUGUGGUGCGCGGACAGCCUGCUGUACCACUGCAUGUCUGACCCGGAGGGCGAUUACUCGGACCCGUGCUCGUGCGACCCCAGCGAGGAACACUUCUGCCUGCGCUGGACGGCUCUGCUGGGGCUGUCGCUGAUCGCGCCCUGCAUGUGCUGCUACACCCCGCUGCGGGCGUGCCACCGCUGCGCCAUAGCGUGCCACUGCUGCGGGGGGCGGCACAAAGCCACGGGCUGAGGCUGAGCCACGCCCACUCUUUACUACACUUACUAUUAACACACACCAGCAACACGGCCAGGAGCGGAGAAACGAGAUACGGAAACGAGGGUCUGAGAGAUAUAAAUGAACCUGGUGUCUGUUUUAUCUGGGGAGGCCAUAUGCCCACCAAUGCUCAUUGCUAUCUUAAACCCGGCCAACAGUCCAUUUUUACAUUUACUGGAAAAAAAAUAAGAGACCACUUAAAAAUGAUGAGUUUCUUUGAUUUAACCAAAUUGAAAACCUCUGGAACAUAUUUAAGAGGAAGAUCAAAAAGAUGGAUGAUCAAAAGCCAUCAAACCAAAAAAACAAGCUGAACUGCUUGAAUUUUUGCACCAGGAGUGAGUAGCAUAAAUUUAUUCAAAAGCAGUGUGCAAGACUGGUGGAGGAGAACAUGCCAAGAUGCAUGAAAAAACUGUGAUUAAAAAACAGGAUUAUUCCACCAAAUAUUGAUUUCUAAACUCCUAAAAUGUUUAAAUUUAUGAAUAUGAACUUAAUCUCUUUACAUUAGUUGAUGUCUGAAAGAUCUGCAUCUUUUUUUAUUUCUUAGUUAUUUUAUCCAUUUCUCAUUUUCUGCAAAUGAAUGCUUUAAAUGACAAUAUUUUCAUUAGGAAGAUGGAACAAUGUUUAUUUUACUCAAACAUAAACCUAUAAAUAGCAAAAUCAGAGAAACUGAUUCAGAAACUGAAGUGGUCUCUUAAUUUUUUUCCAGAGCUGUAUCUAUGUCAGACGUUCUUUGCUAUCUUGGCAAUGCAGUGCACAAACACAACUUUCAGUGAAUGUGCAGGUCAGUUUCCCCCCGCAAAACACUUGAAUGAACAAUAAAUGUUCAGGUGUCCCAAAACUUCUGUCAGUACAGUGUAGCCAUCAAGUGGUGGCAAAUGCAUACAAAAUAAAUGUAAAUGUAUGUAAAUAUCAGUACACAACUGCUUUCUUUAACUACAAACUAGAAUUGGAUAGAAUUAAGUAACAUUUUUGUAACACAUUUUUAAAUUAAAUCUAUUAUAUUCUUUUCAAUGUUUUCAAUCAAUCAAUCAAUCAAUUAAAUCAAUCAACCAAUCAGAUUCCAGUACACGCCUCCCCAGGUGAAACUGUCCCAGCUCCAGUCGUGCUAAAGCUAAAGCUAAUUGCUGGGUAGAGCUUUGUGAGUUUGUGAGGAACUGUGUGUUUCUCUCCUGGCCUGUUUUUAUUAAUUUGUUUCAUUUUUAUUUUAUUUUAUUUUAUUUUAUUUAGUGUCCCUCAGCUUCUAUGACCACACGAUAAAUUCGUUUAUAUAUUCAUUUAUAUAUUAUAAUAAAGUAUAUAUAUAAAUAUAUAAAUAUAAAUCCAGGUACUUUUAUGUUUUUACGAUAUUAUUCUGCACCGUACGCUCUGGUUCGUUUCCCUCUAUCUGGUUUGUUUUUUCGACGUUUUGAGUGUUUGAGUUUUGUUUUUGUUUACUUGUUUUCUCGUUGUUUAUUCAUUGUUUUACUGUUUUACGGCCCUGGCUUGCCAAAACUGACUCUGAGGUGGGCGGAGCUCUCCUGUCUGAGGCACUUAACCUACGUGUAGACCCCGCCCCUCCCCCUAUCCAAUCGGAACUGACAAAUCUAUAUGUGAGUGUGUGUGUGCGUGUGUGUGGUGGGGGUCAUUAUCAAAAUACUGUGCCUUUUGACCCGCAAAAAAAAAAAAUGAUAGAAAAUUAUUAUUUUGCCUAUUUAUCACAUUUAUAAGCAUUCAGAUUACACAGAAAUAUAAAUAUUUUCUAGUUUAUUCAAUAUAUGGCCCUUGUUUCUGAGUGUAUCCCUUGAAACAGUGAAGUGCUUUCCUAAAGAAUUGUGAAAAUCCUUAAAGCUCCUGAUACAGAUAUAGCUAUAGAUACAGUAGUGGAGCGCUAAAGUUCAGCAACCUAACUGCUGCUGGAUUACUAGUUAACUUUAGGGCUUUAUUAUUGCAUGUCAUUAGAAAGGGAAAGGUGGUCCAGCAACUAAUUAUCAUUGUUCAUUCCCUAAUUUCUCUGAAAUGGGGAGCUGAAAAUAGCUUUUAUUAGAGAUUAUUAUAUUUUUCAUUCCACCUUAGAGCGGUUAAAAUGGACUAUAUAUAUUUUCUGAUCGUUUGAGGCUAAAUGCAAAAAUAGUAAAUUGGAUGUAAAAACUCAUUUUUUAAUAUUUUUUUAAAUGUAGUUUAGUGUACAAGAAAUAACUUUUCAUCUAUUUUUCCCAUUUUAGUUUUUGGAUCUAUGCCCCUCAUAAUCUGAAUUUCAGGAAAAAGAAAAAAAUAUAUACCUUUUUUAUCUGAUUUUUCCAUUUUUGCAUUUGGCAAAUCUGAAUUUCAGGAAAAAUGAAAAAAAAAAAAAAAAUCAGAUAUUUUUUCUGAUUUUUCCAUUUUUGCAAUUUGCAAGAUGGAUUAUACCAUCAGAUUUGUGUUAUAAGAUACAAAAAUGGACAAAUCUGAAAAAUCGAGAUAAUUUUUUUUCUUGAAUAUUUUAUAAUUAAUAAUUUGUAUGAAAACCCAUUUUUUCUCACUAUACUGAAUAGAAAAAAAUAAAGAUUAAAUUUUAUACCCAAUUUUAUAUAUUUGAAUUUAGCUUGAUACAUUUAGAAAAUUAAACUGCUAAACGUCACACUGACCGUUCUUUAUCUGUUUGAAAGACAUUCUAAUUCCCAAAAUUUCUACAAUUAUUUUAAUAAUUACUGUGAUCUCUUAAUUGCCACGACAGAAUGGACAGUUUAAGCUACUGUAAAUAUGGAGACAAUAUGAGAAAUAUUUAAAAGUGAAAUUGAUAUAUGGUUAUUUUCAAAAUUUGCAGCAGCAUGUGUCUUUAGUCUCUUAAAAAUUAAAAAUAAAACAAAGUUAUAAAGGCUGUGAUGUCACUGACGAUAUCAAUGGUUACUUUCUACGUAAAAAGGGGUGGAGUUAUCUUAAAGUGACAGGAUGGAUGCAGAAUUCACUUUAAAAUCGAUUGAUAUGUUUACAAGAAUAAAUUAAUGUAUAGGGAAUUAAAUGAAAAGCUUAUAUUGUUUAAAACCUAAAAAAUGCGUUAUUUAACCUCUUAAGUUACUGUAAAUAUAAAAAUACCUAAAAACAAACCCCUUUAUUUCAAAGAAACUGUAUAAAACGUACAAAAGCACCACAAUAAGGUGAAGGAUGGCAUUCCUCCAUAUGUGUGAUAAUGAAAUAAAGUAAUCAUUCAGAGAAAAGCUUGAGAAUCAAGCACUAUAACAGUUUUUAUAUAAAAUUAAAACCGAUUUUAACAACGCUGCGGACCCAAAAGGCACGUUAUAUUGAUGUUGACCCAUUUCUAACAAUGCUAAAGAUGAAAGAAUGGGGAGUUGAAGCCUGAAUGAAGCUGAAUUGUGAAGCGAGUGUGUGUGUACAGUGUGUAUUUGGUUAACAGCCUAUUACAUUGCAGUCAAACUGUGUUGUAAAUGUAUAAAUGUGUGUGUGUUGGUUUGGGAGUGUGUGUGUGUGUGUAUAAGAGUGUAUGCAGCCGUAUUUACACUGUGUACGUUCGGAACUGAGAAACCAGCCUCAAGUUAAAGGGAUACUCCAGUGUUUUUUGACCUAUUUUCUAUCUGGAACAAACUAAACACAGUAUUUAGCGUUAGCCUUCAGCUAAAUACCACAGACAAUCAAUCGAUAAUCAAUAAAUCUAGAAAACCUUCAUUUAAGACUCCUAAAACUGCAAAAGCAGCAAAAUUGCAAUAAUUUCUACAGGAUUCACCUUAAAAACAAUAUUUCCCCUCAGCAAAUUUGCACUGAGUUCAGCUAAUGUACUUUGUAGUUAGUUAGCUAGCUAGCUAGCAUGCUAAUCACUGCGUGCUAAGUUAGCACUUUAGCUAACCCACAGCUGUUAUAGAUCAUUUUAUUAUACUUAAAUUCAGUGUGUGGUGAGUUUAUAAUUACAUUAAAUAUGUUAAUUUAAUUUUAUUAUGUUUAGCCAGCCUGCUAAUUGCUAGUUAAUUGCUAGCUAAUAGCUGGCUAGAUCACCAGUUUAAGCUACGCUAACUAUUAUUAAUGUUGUGUUUUUUCCCCUAUUUGUUGCCUCAAGUUAGCUAUAAUAGUUAUCAUGCUAGUUAUCACCGAAUUUAACCACUAUUUGGAGACUAGUUUCUGGUUUUAGCCUCUACUAAAAUUAAAACUAAGUUUGGCAAUUAAAUGAACAUAAUUACCGCAUUUAUUGUGCAGUAUUUGCAGUAAAUUAACCAGAAUGGGUUUCAGAAACAAAACUUAGCAUCCUAGCAAGUGAAAUUGCUGAAAAAGGUGACUUUCUGUAGAAAAAUAAAAGUGUGGCCACAACUUAUUAAAGCAUGGUAAUGUGGAAACAGCCUGGGAGUGACUUAUCAAGAGAUCCUAAUUUGUGGCCACGACUUAUAAAGGUGAGGGAAUUAAAUUCUAAUGCCUGGCCACACUUAAUUAUGGCAUAGCAAAAAUAAGGAUUUCACUUUCAUUUUCUUAUUAAAGUGAGGUAUUGAAUUCCUAAUGCGUGGCCACACCAUAAUUCUUUGUCAUCUUAUCAUUCUGUGGCCAGGCAUUAGGAUCUCAUUACCACGCUUAAUAACACAUGGCCAAGAUUUAUUGUGGGGUGAAAACAGGAUCUCAGUGCGUGGCCACAUCUUAUUAUGCUGUAAUAUGGGAAUGGCAUGGGAGUGUUUUAUCAAAAGAUCCUAAUUUGUGGCCAUGACUUAUUAAGGUGAGUGAAUAAAACCCUAAUGCUUGGCCACUCCAUCUCAUUCCCUCACCUUGUCAUGUCAUGGCCACAAAUUAGGACCUCUUGAUAAGUCACUUCCAGGCCAUUCCCACAUUACUAUGCCUUAAUAAGUCUAUAUGUUAUUAGGCAUAUGGGAACGAGAUCCUAGAUUGUGGCCACAACUUAUUAAAGCGAGGGAAUGACAUCCUAAUGCUUGGCCACGGCAUAAUAAGAAAUUUACACUAGCUUUAAAAGGAUUUCACUUGCUAAAAUAUAUAUAUAAAAUAUAUAUUUUUAAUAUAUAUAUAAAAUAUGUAUUUUUUAGAGAUGAGGCCGAAAAGCGUUGGAGUGUCACUUUAAUGGAAUCUUUAAUCUACAGGAUGAAAAACAAGGUGUCGUUUUGUUAUUUUGCCUUCGUGUCUAAAAGCACAGCGCUGAUUUCGGGCGUGUUCCAACACUUCGGCUGACCUCCUGAGACGCGUCCGAAUCUUGCAGCCUGAAUAAAAACUCCCAGCCAAUGGGUGGACUGCGACAGUGUUGUCAGGACGAUGACUGUGGGUUCUGUACAUUAUUAAUGUCUCUCUCUCUCUCUCUACGUCUGUUUCUUGCCAGCUUCUGCAAUAAGUGUGUCCGUCGUGUCUCAAUAAUGAGAGAGCAAAGAAAUGCAGUUAUAUUUUUCUAAUAAUAUGGACCCCACUGUUCAAAUAUGUUGAAAUAUUAAAGAAAAAGUGCCUGAA